AUGUAUUCCUAUCAUGACAGGUUUGUGCAACAAUUUUCUAAGCAAAGCAUAGCAUUUGGCAAGAUUCAGAAGCAGAUAAAAUGUGAGAUGAAAAAUUCAAGCUCUUUAUCGUCUUCUGAUGAUGAGUCAGCUGGCAGCUUCGCCUCUGACAUAUCUAAAUCUGAUGGCAUGGAUGAUUCUUUUGAUGAUCCCCUAUUGAUGAAUUCUGUCACAGAAGGAGAGAGAAGUGCUGAUUUCAAAAUGGAUGAUUCUUUCCUUGAAGAAACAGUCUCUGACAUAUUUGAAUCUGAUGACCUGGAUGAGGAGCUAAAAGAUAUAACAGAGAACGUGGAAUCUGUAAGCAAAUCAGACUUGAGCAGUUAUGAUAGUUCAGAACCAAGGAUGGAAGCAGCUACUGAUUCACUUUCCCCAAAGAAACAACAUAAAAAACGGGCUUCUAAGAAAAAGAUAAUAGCAAAGGGAGGGGCAAAGAAGGUUCCGAAGUUGGGCAUCCCAGGGUCUGCAAAGAGGUUGAGGAUAAAGGAGAAGGCAGUGCUAACAGAUGUGUUCACUAAAUAUGGAUUGAAAACUGCUGCGGCUUCAGCGAAAGAGAGUUGA